ACGUCAACAGGUUCGCGUUUACAAUGGUGCAUCCGAGUGAAUUAUUUCGAACAAAUUCAAUCGAGGAAAGAACCUUUUCCGCUCCGCGAAACGCAGUAGACGAAAACCAGUUAGACUGCGGUUUAACAAAUUUACCAAUUUUAAAACGAUGUUGCAAUUUAGAAAGAUUAGCCACACCAAAAGUGUUUCUAGUAUUUUUAUCACUUGUAGGACUUUUACAAGGGAUCACAAUUAAGUAUUUCCGUGAAACGUCGAAAUUCUGGGGAGAGCAUUACAAUAUUUCACAAAAUAACAUUGAAUGGCUAAUUUAUACCAAUGAAUUUUUUGUCGGACUCUGUGCCUUGUUAGUGGCCUAUUAUGGUAACAGGAUACACAGAAUAUCAUGGAUUGGCGGUUUGACGAUUUUCCAAGCCGUUUCAUCUGGGAUUUUAGUGAUACCAGAAAUUUAUCGGAAAAAUUACAARGAAACGAAAGAAAUGCCAGGACCCGCUUUGUGUUCAAAAGAAAAUACAAGAGGAAUAACUGAUAAUGAAUUUGAAGUCAAUUACAUAGCAUUGGUUGUUUUGUGUAUUUUUCAAAUGUUUUUUGCUAUGGUUUCUGUUUCAUUUAUAUCACACGGUAUAACAUAUUUGGAUGAUAACACAUCACACCGGAGUAGUCCACGAUAUAUAGCAAUUGCAUUAUCUUGUAAGGAAUUAGGCCAACAAGUCGGACUAUAUCUAUCAUGGAUUCCUACCGUUUCAACGAUUAGUCAAAUUUUUAUUCACCCAGUUUGGCUUUCUAUAGCUUCUGUGACUUUUAUUUCAGGUGUCUUAAUUUCAAUGUUUCCAAAAUAUAUGCCUUCAACUUUGAUACGAGCAAUGUCGGCAUCGAUUGUUGAUCUUGCAUCUGGGCAUCAAACUGUGCGUCAAAAACCAAUCAUUGAUGGGUUUUUCAAAACWUUYUUUCGUCUAUUAAAAAAUCCUAUUUUAAUGGUCAACAUCUCRAGRAUAAUGAUAAUGGAGUCGGGACUUAUCAAUUUCAAUAUUUUCGAAAAAUAUUUCAAUCAAUCUCGUUUUCAAAUUUCGUACGACAACGAUACAUCAUAUACUCAGAUUACAACAAAUGUUUUGAAACAACCUUUAGUGGCAUUGUCAAUGAUUGCUUCCGGAUUGCUAACUGCCAAAGCUUCAACUUCAAAAUCUUUGGCCAAAUGGAACAUCGCUGCAAUAAUACUUGUUGUCAUAUUUUUUGGAAGUACAGCGUUUUUAAAGUGUGAUCCUACAACCAAAUAUGAGGAUCUUCUUGAUAAAAAUAUGUGUAAAAGGUGUAAUUGCACAUUUAAUAAUUUUGAACCAGUUUGUAUCAAAACAAAAACAUAUUAUUCGCCGUGUUGUGCUGGUUGUCAGAGUGUCACAACUAAAAACUCUAGAAAGGUUUAUACUAAUUGUUUCUUGGGAUUGGAAGCUGCUGAAGGUCCUUGUGAUCAAACAAAUUGUGACUUAUUUUACGCCUUGUCUCAAGCAAAUCGAGUCAUUACAACAGCGCUACUUGCAUCGACAAUUGUAACAAACAUAAUAAUAAAUAUGAGAUGUAUUUUACCAAGGGAUAAAGCAAUGGCGUUAGGUCUUGAAGCGACUUUUUCUAGUCUAGUUCCUUAUUUACCUGUGAAAGCAAUUUACGGAGCUGUGGCAGAACACUACUGUAUUUAUCGUGAAAAUAAUGUGUGUAAGCUAUACUCGAAAAGCUAUGCGACGUUUUUAUCUCUGUGUUCGAUGGGUUUUAUGAUUCUUUCUUUACUCUUGGCAAUUGUUGUUUUAAUUCUUUUAAAAUUGAAACCUUUGGAUUAUAAGGAGGAAGAUGAAGAUGAUGUUCCUGUUGAACUUGAAGAGGUGCAUAGACCAGUUGAGGGAGAAAGAUUAAUGAGUGAAGAGGGACAAGAUGAGGUUGAUUCAGGUGUACAUCGGAAAACUGGUUCAGCAAAUUCAGUUAACAGUAUGCCUGAGUCACUUUUAGAUAUGGAAAAUGUUGGUGAUGAUCAUGAUUCGAUCGAUUCGGCUCCUUAUUUAGAUGAGACACAAGAGCGAUUAAAACAAAAUAGGAUACUAGAGAGCAAUUUGUGAUUUAUUUACAAGGUCUAAUCUAAAGAUUUGAGAGGAGAAAACAUAACUGGGCACUUGUUAACUAGCUAAAUCUUCUAGUUCAAGUUCAAUUUCUUCGUCAAAUAUUUUUAAUCCUUUGACAAAAAACCAGACGCCAGCAUCGAAGAGUGUUCCAAUCAGAACGAAUGUCGCCGCUGUGAAAUUCAUUGUGUAUCUUAAGGUUUUUCCAUUAUAUAACCAACAGUUUCCAUUUCCGGUACAAGUCUUUCCCCACACCAGACAGGCCUUAUCUGGAAAGAAUUCUUAAAGUGACAACGUUCUAUAUCGCUCUCUAUUAUUUGUCUUACCUAAGAUUAUUCCGAAAAGGAUGGGUGAGGGAACGAAAGCACAAAGACUCAUUAGCAUCAAACCGAAACCCAUUGCUACGGGUUUAUCCUUCUCCUCCACGCACCUAAAAACUUAAUCAAUGAGAUCUGUAGUAGAAUUUGUAAUA